CGACAUCUGAAGGCGCCUCAUCUGCGGCUCGUCAUGCACCUGUCAAUGCCCAAUCCCUUGAUGGAUAGAGGGUCCGCGGUGGUGUGAAGGAGGGUUGUGGGGCAACGGCCAACGGCGGUCUGGCUUUUGUGACACGAUCCCAUGCUUCAGAUCGCUGACCGCACAUCGAAUUCACCACCCUGCAUACUAGCCUUAGCCAUAUCGACCUUAUGACCUCGACACCAGCCGAGCGCCCGCUGAAGGUUCUCGUCGCUCUUACUGACCCCGUUGCCUCGAAAUUCGGGUCUGCGGUUGUUGCGCGCCUGCAGCGACUCGAAAAUGUCUCUCUGCGCAUCAUAGCUCGCACACCGUUUCCCACGUCAGCAUUCACGACCGUCUCACCGAACCUCGAGCCUGUCUGGCACACAUACAGCACCGAGAGUAGUACGCCUGGGUGGCAACACGAAGAUUAUGUUGAGACACAGGUCGCCGGGUACUGCUCAUGGGCGGACUCGCUCGUCCUUGCGCCGCUGGACGCGGAGAACAUAGCGCAGAUGCUGCAUGGCUUUACGAGCAGUCUCCACCUGAAGAUACUCCGUAGCUGGGAUGUGUCGAAGAAGAUCCUCCUGAUACCGGGCAUGUCCACUCUGCAGUGGGAGCACCCCAUGUCAAAGAAGCAGAUCAGCAAGAUAAAGAAGAAGAUGAACUGGAUCCGCGUUCUGUCUCCGUUACUCUGGAACCACGAUCAGGCCGGGAAGAAGGUUGUGCCAUGGGGAGGAUACAAAGAAUUGAGCGAGUCUGUACAAACACAAAUCGACCUGAUGGCGGUUGGCGAACGUAGCGCCGCACUCAUGACCGCACAUCUUCCUGCACUGAAGCCGCUAAAGAACAAAGGACCGCGUCUGCCACCAGAGCUAUGGUCCAUGAUAUUGGAGUUCACAGAAGACUGGGAGCUGGCUACAACACUCAAUGUGCACACCAACCUGCCCGUGCCUCGCGAGUGGCAACAGGCGGCCAGUGAGGCCGGACCCAAGACGCAGAUGCAGAAGCUGGGCUGGACACUACUCACGUGCAGCUAUGCAGAUAUUGCGAAAGCGUUCGAUACAGAAAAGCCUACUCGCAUCACUCGGCCAUGCCUCGAUCUCAUCAUGCGAUUUGCCAUGGUGCCUGUUCUCAAGCACCUUGAGUACUUCCACAAAGAUCUCUUCUGGCAACAUUUCGGCCACACGUUCCUCCCACACAAAGCAUCCCUCUUCAGCAAGACCGAGAUCCUCGACUACUGGCGAACAUCGCCCACGUUCUUGACCAAAGAGUACUCGACCGAAGCCAUGGACGCUGCGUCCCGCAACAACUCUACAAAGGCCCUCGACUGGUGGUACAACUCUGGGCUGCAUCUCAAGUACACGGAAGCUGCACUCGAGCAAGCAUCCUCACAAUGUCAUCUUUCCGUCCUGCAGUGGUGGAAGGAGCACUCGCGGCACCGCACACCACCAACGCCUGGUGAGGAGGCGCCGCCUGCUAAGCUUCGCGACCCCCUGAAGCUCAAAGUGGGCAAGUCGAUAACGUAUGCAACACAGUCAAACAAGCUGGAUGCAAUCAAGUGGUGGGUCGACAGUGGCGUGCCGUUCUCACACGAGGACACGGUCACAAAGAUCGCCUCGACACAUGGCCACACGAAGAUUCUGGACUACUGGAGAUCCACUCGCGGCGAGAAGAUGCUCUAUGACAACCAGGUGUUAGUUGGUCCGACCAAGAUGGGCAAGGCGAACGUGCUCGAUUGGUGGAAGAAGAGCGGGCUGAAGGUCGAGUAUAAGACGUGCGACAUUGAGGAAGCACUGGAGGACGGCGUCGAGGGCGAGGCUGGCGAGAGCGUGCGACGGUGGUGGGCCGAGAACGGGCUGAAUCUGGGGGUGGGGACGAGUGAGUGGAUGAGGGUCAAGACUUUGGAUUCUUGAGACGAUUGCAGCAAUGAUUCUCGGGGGUCAGCAUAGCAUAGCAAUGUGGUUUAAUUAAGCGUUGUAAAGACCAAGUCGG